CACCAAGGCACGAUUUAUUUACACAGGCACAGCUGCCCCCGACUCCAUUAUACGCCGCCCACGAUCCCCAUAGGGCCAGUUGGGAAGACACACAAAAGACACCGGGUGCAACAAACCGAGGCCUAUCCGACCACGUCCUUCUCAAGACUCAACCAUGUUUCCCAACGCUACACCGUCCGUUUACCAGUCCUCGGCGUGCUUCGUCACGUACGGGACGAUGGGCCACGUCGACCCGAAGCAGCCGCCUUACAGAAGCAGACCCUGGACGGAUAUCGCAUCACAGGAGUUUAUCAGCAAGGUCGACCUCGUCGUACCCCAGCAGUACUACGAUGCGCUACAUGAGACGCUCACCCAAGACAGUCGGCAGCCGCGCUACUCGCGAGUGACCAUGGCCUUGGGACAGGUGCUUCAGGGGUCCUUCUUCACGAAUUACGUCAAAACGGGCGACGCCCUGAUGCUAUCGAAUGGCCGAGGCAACGGUGAUAGAUUCACGCUACAGAAAGGGAUACUGAAGCUGUACCUUGAACGGGAAAGCUUUGAACGCGCUGGCAUGGAAGGCAAACCGCAUGGCGCCAAGGGCAAUCGCGGAGACAAGCCGAGAUGGAUUGUGUCUACGGAUCUCACCGCACCAUCCAUGGUUCCUGGGAAAAGGGGCUUCGAGCGAUUGCACCGAGCCUGUGAGAAUGUCUUCAACACGCCCGUGCAGUGGUUGUUUUGCAGGACAACGCAGUCAGUCGUCAAUCCUGAUCCUUUGGAUGAGUUCCAGCCGGUCCGCCUUUCUGCCCAGCCGUUCGUUGCCAAGGGCUUUGAAGUUAUGGACAUCAAGAUGGAGAUACCGCCGUCGACGCUGUCCAACGGUGACCGCCAAGCACUAGAGGGGGCAGCUGCCGACCUGUACGAAUGGCUCUGCCUUGUGAGGCUGCAAAGUCCACGAACGGCGAUCGACGACAAGAUUGACCCAUAUCUGUCGCGGUACAAGGCACCAGCCGGCGAUGUUGGUACCACCCACGGUAGCAUAAACGUCUGCCUGAUACGCUGGCAGGGCCUUAUCUCCCCACACUGGUUUCGGGGGUUGGUUACCGAUGUUAUUGGGGUACGCGCCCCAGCACAAUGGUUCUCUGCCAGCGCCACAGGAUUCGCCAACGAUAUCGCAGGGACUGGCAACGACUUGACGCUACUCUGCCCCUCCAAGUCAAAGGGCGAGUACCUCAUGGUGGCCACGAAGAACUCGGAUUGAAGCUUCAGCCAUGCUUGGGGCGCACGUUUCGUUCCUCGCCAAUUUUUUGAUCCAAGAUCGCAUCCUCGACUAGCUUGCGUAAGUCGGCCUGGCCACUUGGGGCAUCGAAAUCCGGGCGCUGGGCGAGCUCCUCGAUGCGUCUGCGAAAUUCUGGGUCGACCUCGCUGGGGAUAUCCUCCGCCCGGUCCAUGGUUCCAACGGUCACCUCUAGGCCCUCGGGGGGUUGUCGUAUGACGUCAGGAAUGGCGUUGGCGGCCACGGAAGCUAUGUCGCUGUCGGCGUCCCUGCUCUCGAGGGAGCCUAGAUAGCGGGCGACGUCAGGGAAGUCCCCCUCGGACUCGAUCUUUUCUCUUGCUGUCAGGCCUUCGGAACCGCGAUGGUAGAGGUCUGCCGAAAGCUCUUCCACGAGGACGCGGGCUGCAUCGACCGUUUCCACAACAAACAGAGCCGUUUCAUCGUCCUCGUCCUUGAGGUUGACAUCGACUUUGAGCUCUCGCACAAGAGCAUAAAGCAGGUCGAGGUGGUUGUAGCUGGCGGCAGCGUGGACGAGUGAGUAGCCGUGAUCGUCUUGCGCCGAAGCCAGACUGCGAUUCGCUCGGAGCAGGGGCAACAGCGCAGGGCUGUUGUCAGCGGCAAGAAGAAAGGGGUUUUGGGUCGGAGCCAUGGGGGCGAGCUGGUGCUUUGUGCGGGUGUAGGUAAUGAAGGAGGACUGCAUCAUUGAGAGCUGGAGGAGAGAGCUCGUGGUGCAGUGUCGGGGGGGUCGUACUUGCCCGGCAGCACCUAAAUUUUUGCCCCUCGCGGAGCCCUGACCUAUAGCCUACAGACUACAAGUACAGUAUAGGGUAGGUACGUACCCCGCGGAAAUGAGCUGCUGGCCUGCCGCCGACAAACGUCACUGGCUUGGGCUGGACUGGCGGGCUUGGAAUUCUUGCCCCUCCAAAGCCCCGCGAUGCAGCAGAAGGGUCCAGGUCCGACCUGAACUUCCUACUAGGUACCUAUGCGUGGAGAACCUAAGUUAGUAGUCAUUUCGAGCCGCAUUGACAGCUGCACCGCACUGUUGCAUGAGGCCUCAACCGUGUC